CGCUCCUCCAACGUCCAAGGUUGAUAAUUAGCCCUAUAAUUAUCAGAAAAUUCAGCUUUUCUUUUUAUUGGAGAAAUGAGUGUAGCAGUGUAACUGCGUCGGAAUUAACCUGUCAACAUAAUGUAGCUGAAAGUGGUCGGAGUGUGGGUUUUUUAGGUUUGCUUUAACUAGAGAAUAAGGAGUUAGUGAUAGUAACGAUAACUAAGUUCUAAAACUGGCAGUGACUACUGUAGAACUAGCUUACAUUUACUAACGGUUUACUCUCAACGUUACUCUAACAGCGACGAACCGUGAAGUGAGCUGUUUAACCGUUUUCUAAAACCCCCAGAACCCUGUUUACUGAUGGCGGUUUGUUGUGGUGUGUGUGCCAUGGUGACACAGGGGUGGGUCUUUUCUCCUCUUUAGUUUUGCUGUUUUCAAGGCAACCGACCCAUGCUGUGAAAUCUGCCCAUCAUGAAAUCCCUCAAGUCUUUUUGGUCAUCUCAUCUCCAGUAUCGACCCAUUACUGUGUUUGUACGAGGUAUUGCAUCCAAAUGCUUCCUGUUCCUCAGCACUGAAGAGUAAUCACUGAGUCUGUAGCUGUUACCUCUGGACUGCCACCAGCUCAAUGACUUCUACUGCAAUUUGUAAACUUCCUCCACCAUGGUUUUGAAAGUGGCUACAGAGCCAAAGAAACUAAAAAAGAUGCUAAAGGUUCCCAGGCCUGGCUGAAACAGUAACUGAAGUCAAAACAAAGAACUGAGGGAGGCUGCAAGGUGAAUGGAAACAAGACAGAACACCACAGCAGGGGUUCUGUUCUGGACCCCUGCCCCGGUCCACUCCUCACCUAAUAGCACUGCUAUAUCAGAGGAUGAGUGGGAUGAAGAGGAUGAAGAACAGGCAGAAGAAGAGGAUGACUUUUUUAGUCAAAUGGAUGAGAAUGGUAUCAUUGGACUGUCAGAGGCACUUGAAAAUGUGGAAUUGGAGGAAUGCAAUUCAGAUGGGUGCCCUGGAUCCCUCACCCCAGAGGAGGCAGAUUAUAGUGUGGCUGAGAGGGACACACCGUCUGAGGAGAUGAUCUACAAGCUGAAUGAGUUAAAAACGUGGUCAGAGGAUAUGGAGGUGAGGCGGAGAAUGGAGGAGCAGGUAGCAGAGCAUCUUUCUGAGUGGAACAAACACCACGACACGACGAAUGAUGACAAAGAUGGAGAAGAGAGAGGGAGGAGUGAUUGGAGUAAAAAGAAAUUUGAGCACACUAGAACAUCAGGGGAGCUUGGAAGAAAGCUGGCAGGACUCGCUGAAGGAUAUCGUGAUAAAGAAGAGAAAAAAGAGAUCAGCUCAGGACAAUCUUCUAGCGUUCAGCUGCAUGCUGUGGACAGUGUCUCCUGUCCAGCCUCCCGUUCUGCCUUACCCCAUCGUCUGCAUUUCACUGCCGAGGAAUUAAAUACUGCCCCAGGAAUUGAAGCUGAAACCUUUCCAGAAAUAAGCUUUACAGAAAGUUUUCAAGAGUCUAACAGUAGCCACGUGAGCCUCAACUCCAGUCCUCACUGUCCCGAGAUAAAGCUCAGGGCUUCGCCUCAGCCAGCAGCAUUGUUUUCUGAACAGGUCAUCUCAAAUCAUUACAGGAGAUUAAGUAAUGGCCCUGGAAAAGAAUCAGGAAAGAGAGAUAAGGAGCAUAGUCACCCCACUCCCACACCAAGAAAGAUAAGGAAGCACUCUCCUGAGGCUGCAUAUUCAAGAACUCAUUCCCCCGGCACAGUCAGGCCCAACAAACAACAGAACACACGUCGUGACAGGGACGUGGUAACGCCUAGAACCAGGAGCAAUGCUGUUGCAGAGGACGAAUCUAGAAAGGGGCCUCUGAGUUACCACACACCAGACUUCUCGAAGGUCGAACCCAGAGUUCAUUUUCCCAAAGGCGGUUACAAGCCCCCCAAGAGCAGGUCCUCGUUAACGAGGAAGUCCUUAUCACCCGAGCCAGCUAUAGUCUUCAAAUCCCCUGCUGAUAUAGUGAAAGAAGUCCUACUGAACACCGCUGGUGAAUCUCCUACCUCGCCAGAUUCUGACGGACAGGCAACCAGUGCAAUCAACGCUAUUGUGCCUCAGGAGUUCAGAUGCCACCAGCAGGCCACCACACUGGUCAAUCAGCUUCAGGAAGACUACGACAGACUGCUGACUAAGUACGCUGAGGCAGAGAACACCAUUGAUCGUUUGCGUCUGGAAGCCAAGGUUAACCUGUACUCUGACCCACCAAAUCCCGGCCACUGCGUGCAAUCAGGACUAAACUGCGGUGCUUCAAAGUUGCUAAAAUUUGAUUUUCCUCGGGCUCAGAAACCCACGACAGAUCAGGGAAGUUCAGCUACCGGUCCUACCGAACCAGGCUCUAAGCUUGGACAGCAGCUAGCCAAUAUUCUGUUCAGCCAGGCCGAAACAUUUCUGCAGCAGCUGCAGACGUUUGAGGAUCUCCGUAAAAGCAAAAAACUUCAACCUUUUGAACAAACUGAGGGUAUGGCUCAGCUUGCCGAGGGGCUCGAAUCUUUGGAGAGGGGAUACUUGUUGGCGAGGGAUGAGCACAAACUCCUGCAGCAGCGAGGCAUAGAAAUCAGCCAGUUUGACCCAGAACGGGAGUUAGAGGGGCUGAUCUUUCAGUGUGGGCUGCGUACGGACGAGCUGAAGGAGCAGGUGGAACAGAUGCAACCGGAUCAGCCCACCUGGAUUACUCCCCCCUCUCCACCUCCUCAACCAACCACACCAUCUGCCCUCUCUGUGGAUGUUGUAACCUUCACUCACCCACAGGUCCUGCCUGUGCCUCUGCUCUCUGGGGCAGCGGAAGCAGAAGUGAGCUCAGCCUGUAAAGAGAACGAUGAAGAGAAGUCCGAGGGAGAGGAUGAAGAAACUCUCUACCUCAAUCCUCUGAAGGGCAAAAUUAAAAGUGUUGCAGAGGACUUUACCAUGGCAGUGAAUCACUACCGAAGCAUCAAGGAGCUUCCCAAACUUCUAGAGCGUAGCCUGAAUGAAGCAGUUCUCUCCUCUCCUGCUUUAAGAACUAACAUGCAGUCUGAACACAAGGACAGACAGGAAACUGGAAACAAUGAAGUCUGGAAAACUCUCUCUCAGAGGAAUGCACAAUCAGACCAUCAGGGCUAUUCUUCUGACGUGAACAAACAGCAAAACAGCAGGUCCAGUCCUCGCCCGGCCUCCAGCCGGCUCAUGAUGUUUCCUGUUUUUCGUCAGAGUAACAUAAAGAGGGUAGAGGUGGGAAAGUCUCACAGCAGCAGUCUGAGUAGCCUCGGAGAUGUAAAAGUGUCAGAGGUGAGGAGCUCCGAGGUUCAGGCUGGGGGCAGGAGAGUGUUUUCUCAGGAUGGUAUCAUCUCUCCAGAGACAGACAGCGGGUUUGUUGGUUCAGAGAGCAGCCGUCUAACUCCUGCAACUUCCAGUCCUCUCCACCAGAGGGCAUUAGAGAGCGGUGUUCCAGUGCCUCAGGAAGGAAGCACGAGUCUUCAGACAGGCCGAGUCUUUGCACCAUCUCAUUUUUCCUCACCGUUGCACAGUCAUACAGCUAAAGACCUGAUUAUGAGCUCCCGACUUAGCCUCAGCCUCGACCAACCACAGAGAUGCAGAAGGGCAGUGAGGAGACGCACCUCCUCCUGCUCUCCAAAGCGCUGUGUCAAUCUGAGACAACAAAGGGUGGCGAGUGGCAGCAGUGAGUUUGGACUUGAAAGUGACGGCACUCGCAUUGACUCUGAAGGUGAAAAGACUGACCAGUACAGCAAAUCUAUCAAUUUCCUCGACAGCUCACACUCAAGCUCUUCCACCACUACUCAGCACCACCUUUGCGAUUCUCCACGAGCAAGGAGUUCCAGUCAGAACUGCAUUGAUGCAGUCCAGAUACUGCAGGCUGAGGUAACCAAACUGAAGGAGAGACUAGAAGAUAGUCUGAGAAACAAGAAGCCUAUCAGCUCUAUUAGAUCAGCUCCAUCAACUCAGGAUAACAGCUCUAAUCAAAGCUCCUCUUCAUCUUGCUUCAGGUCUAGAGAGCAGCGGAGUGAUGUCAGUGCAGGGAAAAGAGAAACACAGAUGGUGGACGAGGUUGCGGAGGAGUCCACACAGAGACGAAUAGCCAGGAGAAAAUCUGCUAUAAACCAACAAGAGCCACAACAUGAUUACUUGACAAGAUCGGCGCUGCAGCCCUGUGCACCACAGCCUCAGGUGUCCAGAUGCACUCAAACAUCUGCAGCACUAGACAGCUGCUCUUCCCACACAACUACUGUCUACAGCAGGCGAACACAGCACAGGAAGCAUCCUGUUGUUUCUGUGUCUGAAAAAGGAGAUGAACCUGACAGCAGAAGAAGUCAAGCUCCUGUUUGUUCUCAGUGUUUGUCAUUUCACAGAGCAUCCCCUGAACGACCAGCUGGUGGCGGUAGAGAGAUGCUCCAUUCCUCCACUUGCUGCCAUCAAUGUCCUCUCUGCGGACGCCUCGAAUCAUACAAAGUCAUUAAGCCAGACAGUCACAGACUCUCCGACACUUCCACACACAUAAAGUACCAGCCAGCCGAGUCCCCUGAUGGAGCAGUGGGGAGCAGGUUCUUUGCAUCUGCAGCUCCACCUGCACUGCUGCAGUGCAUGCCAGUGUGCCCUCCACCACUCCUGUUGUACUCGUCCCCCCUCUACGUCUCUCCUAACAGAACUCCGAUGUCUGCCGAGGUCACUGGUCCUGGGGAGGUGAGGAGGAGGACGAAAAGACGCUCACUGUCUGUUGACAGGGAGCGCUCGUUGGACAGCUCACUGAACAAAGCCAUCAGAGCAGCUCGACACAUGAAACACACCUCCAGGCACAUGGCUGGCUCGUUGGCAUCUGGACUGCAGUACCAGGAGCUGCUCACUCAGUCCUGCAGCUACUAGUGUGAACUGUCAUCACAGGCACUAAGACUGAGAGUCAUUAACUCAAAAGCAGCUGCAGAACGAGGCACGAGCCAAAAGAACUGAGUCGGACCAAAGUGAAUAUCUCAAAUCCUCUUUGUAAGUUUUCUUUGCUGAUGUUUUCAAAGAUAGUUCUCUCCCCCGCCCUGCUCAGGUGGCCAAAGCAUGUAUUUUUAUCUGCUGGUAAACAUUACAAUAACUCUGUUUACACUA